CAACGGAGACUCUGAUAAUCGACACAGAUCUUUGCUGCGUGUCCAAAUCCACGCAUACUUCCCCUUCAUUUAUGCGCAAUUGCAUCGAUCUCUGCUGGCAGAAAUAUAGAAGAAAUUAGCAAAUAAAAUUAAUUAAUAACAAUAACAAUAAUAAUAAUCAGGGAGAGAUGUGGGAAUCAAUUUGCUUAACGAUUGCGGCUACAGCCGGAAACAGCAUUGGCAAAGUGCUCCAGAAAAAGAGCACCCUAAUUCUCCCACCUCUCCCCUUCAAGCUCAAGGUGAUAAGAGCAUAUGCUUCUAACAGUCCUUGGAUAAUCGGCUUCUUGAUGGAUAUUUUUGGGGCCAUCUUGAUGUUGCUCGCACUAUCUCAGGCUCCUGUAUCGGUGAUUCAACCUGUUUCUGGCUGUGGGCUUGCCAUUCUCGCAGUGUUUUCUCAUUUUUAUCUAAAAGAGUUCAUGAAUGCCAUCGACUGGAUCGGAAUUGCUUUGGCUGGUAUUGGCACUAUAGGUGUUGGUGCUGGAGGAGAAGAGCAAAAGUCGCCAUCCAUCUCAAUUAUCUAUUUACCAUGGCUCGCAUUUGUUGUUGUGCUCGUGUUUGUUCUUCUUAAUGGAUGGCUUCGUGUGUAUAAACGGCAAAGAAGAGAACAAGAGUUGAUGCAAUACGAAGUGGUCGAGGAAAUCAUUUAUGGCUUGGAGUCCGGCAUCCUAUUCGGGAUUGCAUCUGUAAUAUCAAAGAUGGGAUUUUUGUUCUUGGAGCAAGGAUCUUCCAAGUUACUGCUUCCCGUUUGUGUCUCGAUCAGCAUAACGUGCAGUGCCUCUGGAUUUAUUUACCAGACCCGUGGUUUGAAGCACGGAAGAGCAAUCGUCGUGUCCACGUGUGCAGCUGUUGCCUCGAUCGUGACCGGUGUGCUUGCCGGCAUGUUUGCACUUGGCGAACAGUUGCCUUCAGCCCCCACAUCUCGCCUAUUGCUUCUCCUCGGAUGGCUCUUCAUCAUCCUCGGAGUAAUCCUGCUGGUAUCUUCGUCGAGGUUGAUGCAACAUCUCCGGAGCCCAUGGAGACGCUUCGCACGAGGCUGGAUCAAGAGGAGUUUCGUCCAAAGGCAGUGGAGCUCGGCCCGUGCAAGGGACACAAACCCGAACUCCGUGAUCCAAGCGAGCACGCUGCAUCAUUUGAUACCGCUCCCUGCAAAAGCGAAAGCUUGAGCUAUUUUGAUUCGGUUCGGGUUUCGAGUGUACAGUUUUAUGUUGCCUUUUUGGUACUCUCUCACAAAAUGUUGAAUAGACAUAAUUUUGAAAUAGCUAAAGCCUAAAAAUCAUUGGAGAAUACAAUUUUAUUUUUUUCA